AAUAUUUUCCAUAAUUGUUAUUAUGAUUGAAUGCGAUAAAUGUUUAUUUACGAAGCCAUGAAAGGUAUUUGAAUUUCAUGACUAUUUUCAAGUAUACAUUUGGAGACUAGAUUUCUUAAAGAAAUUUAUGCUAGCACGUAGAUAUUAAAUGUUUGGAAAGUAUUUAAACCACAAUAUUUUAAGCAAAGCAUGAAUUAGUAUGAAGUUUUGUUUUAAGAACUACAAUUUUCCACGAAAGAGCUGAGUAAAGUUCGAGCUUUGUGUAAAAUUUAUAAGCAGGCAUGUUUUAAUAUUUUAUGAUGAUUUAUGAAAUUUUCAUUAACUACAUGACUGAGAUCUUGAGCCUGAGGCUAGAGAUUACCGUGUGCACACUGGUUAGAUUUCGUUGUUGACGUUGAGUGUACUCCGUAACAACGAUGCUGUCGUGAGUGCUGGGCGGGCCCCACUAUGACAAAGACGAUGGGAGUGCUGGGCGGGCCCCACUACAUCGUAGUGCUUGUAAACGUUGUUGUACUAGGUGUACCCUACACAACGUAGAUUCGUCAUGUUAGUUAAAAUGCUUCGAUAUACUUGAUAUGCCUUGCUAGAUUUCAAUGAUGAACAUGCUGAGUAUUUAAGGAAGCUAUUCUUACUAUUACACAUUUACAUUUACGACUUGUAUAAACAGAUUUAUAUGUGUAAAGUUUUCACGUGCUCUUAUCUUUAAAUUCAUAGUUUUAAACUGAGUCACUCACUGAGCUUCAUAGCUCACCCUUUCCAAAAUGUUUUACCCAUUUUCCAGGUAGAGAUCGACUUCCCGGUGCCUGAUAGACUGCCUUAGUCUGCGGAAGCUUCAUUAUCGAUUGCCAGAGUCAUGCCACCACGUACUGGUAGACGACGCCGGCAGAAUCAGGACGGGAUGCAAGGUCCUACCGAAGGUCCAUCUGUAGGGGAAUCUAGUACCCUAGGAGUUCGAGGUGGUGCAGGAAACGAGCAGUUUGCGAGAACAACACAGGAAAUAGGAAGGACAAAUAGAGCAGAGCCUAGUGAUCCAGAAAAGGCAUACGGAAUUGAACGGCUGAAGAAGUUAGGGGCUACAGUGUUUGAAGGUUCCACAGAUCCAGCUGAUGCAGAGAACUGGUUGAAUAUGCUUGAAAAGUGUUUUGAUGUGAUGAAUUGUCCUGAGGAGCGAAAGGUUAGAUUGGCCACAUUUUUGUUGCAAAAAGAGGCUGAAGGAUGGUGGAAAUCUAUAUUAGCAAGACGCAGUGAUGCACGUGCUUUAGACUGGCAGACUUUUAGAGGCAUAUUCGAAGAUAAGUAUUAUCCCAACACAUACUGCGAAGCCAAGAGGGAUGAAUUUCUGGGGUUGAAACAAGGAUCACUUUCAGUGGCUGAGUAUGAGAGGAAGUAUACCGAGCUUUCACGGUAUGCUGACGUUAUUAUAGCUUCUGAGAGUGACAGGUGCCGAAGGUUUGAAAGAGGGUUGCGUUUUGAAAUACGUACCCCAGUUACAGCCAUUGCUAAGUGGACGAAUUUCUCUCAGUUAGUGGAGACUGCCCUUCGUGUGGAGCAGAGUAUAACAGAAGAGAAAUCGGCAGUGGAGCUUAGUCGUGGGACUUCAACAGCUAGUGGAUUUAGAGGCCGUGAGCAGCGGAGGUUCAUGCCUGGGAUAAAUAUUUCAAGCCGUCAAGAUUUUAAGAAUCGCUCUGGAGGCCAAGCAUCGAGGAACGUGAGUUAUGGUAGUGUUUUUCAGAGACAGAGCCAGAGAAUACCUAGUCAACCCAUUAGAUCAACAGUAAGAUCGCAACCAGGUCAGGAGUCCAUUGCUAGUACCGUCAGGCGAAUACCAUGCACGAGUUGUGGCAGGAACCAUCGGGGUCAGUGUUUGGUAGGUGCCGGUGUAUGUUACCAGUGCGGACAGCCAGGACAUUUCAAGAAAGAUUGUCCGCAGUUGAACAUGACAGUUCAGAGAGAUCAGGGAGUUGGGUCCCAGACAAUUGAGCAAUCGAGAGUUUCAGUGGUUCCAACAGAGGGCACCAGUGGUGCAAGGCAAAAGGGAGUUGUUGGAAGACCGAGGCAACAGGGAAAAGUCUAUGCUAUGACUCAACAAGAAGUAGAGGAUGCACCAGACGUUAUUACUGGUACGAUUCUUAUUUGUAAUGUACCUGCAGAUGUUUUAUUUGAUCCAGGUGCUACGCAUUCCUUUGUUUCUAGUAUAUUUCUGACUAAGUUGAAUAGGAUGCUAGAGCCUUUAUCUGAGGGGUUAGCUAUAUUACUCCAGUUGGUGACGUUUUACUUGUUAAUGAGGUGUUACGUAAUUGUGAAGUUUUAGUAUAAGGUAUCAGUU